AUGUCUCCAGCAGCUAUCAUUGCGCCGUCUAUCCUGUCUGCGGAUUUCGCGGAUUUGGGUAAAGAAUGCUCGAGUACGAUUGCUAGAGGAGCCGACUGGCUGCACGUAGAUAUCAUGGAUGGUCAUUUCGUCCCAAACAUCACAUUCGGAGCGCCUGUCGUUACAAAGAUUCGAAGCCAUGUCGAUCGACCUACAGCAAAGCACGGAAAGGGAACCUUUGACUGUCAUAUGAUGAUUGCGGAGCCAAAGAAAUGGGUCAAGGAAUUCCAGAAUGCUGGAUGCGAUCUCUACUGUUUCCACUACGAAGCCGCGAUCAAUAGCACAGCGGCCGAAAGCCCAGAAUCAACGAGCGACCUCAAGACGAGUCCGAAGGAGUUGAUCAGAUACAUACACGAUUUGGGAAUGUUGGCCGGCAUUGCGAUCAAGCCAGACACUCCUGUUGAUGUGCUUUGGGACAUUCUAGAAUCAAAGGACUUGAAGGAAGUACCUGAUAUGGUUCUUGUCAUGACAGUGCAUCCAGGCUUUGGAGGACAAAAGUUUAUGGCGUCCGAGUUACCGAAAGUUGCGGAGCUGCGAAAGAGAUACCCAGAAUUGAAUAUCGAGGUUGAUGGUGGCUUGGGUCCUGGCACGAUAGAUCAGGCUGCCGAUGCUGGUGCGAAUGUUAUUGUUGCGGGGAGUGCUGUGUUUGGAGCAAAGGACCCGGCUGAGGUUAUUGCGAAGUUGAGGGAGGCGGUUGACAAGAGAAGAACUAAGGAGUCUCUGUGA